UGACUUCCUCUUGCAAACCUCUCACCCUGGAAAGCCCUCCUCGCUUUUUUCCCCUCAAGGAAAUGUUAUAAAUAGUGCUGUGUGUUCUGUUGACUCAAAUUGAAUGUCUCUUUGCACUGCCCACCUUUGCUCACCUUUUCACUCCUCUCUCCGGCCGUUUCUCGCUCAACAUACACACACACACACCCACUCCGGUUCUUCUUUGCAUUUCACAGUUCGUCUCGGCUUCUCUCGGAGGAUUUUCUGCUUCUGCUCGUUCUGCUGAACAGCCGGAGGAGAGGAGUUGGCCAGGAUGCGUUGUGUGAGCUGGUUGUUGUUGGGGACCUGCCUCCUGGUCCUGGGCCCCGCCGUGCAGGGCGCCCCGAGCCAGUGCCCCAGCCUCUGCAUCUGCCACGGCGACCUCCAGCACGUCAUCUGUGACAGCGCCGGGCUGAAGAAGAUCCCCCAGGUGUCGGACGCCACCCGUUUGCUGAACCUGCAGAGGAACAGCCUGGGCCACAUUCCCACAGGGGCCUUCAGCGACAGCAAGGGGCUCAUCUCUCUGCACAUGCAGCACUGUCAGCUCAGAGAGAUCGGGUCUCAGGCCUUCAAGGGGCUGAAGAAGCUCAUCUACCUCUACCUGUCCAACAACGAGAUCAACAGCAUCAAGCCCGGCGCCUUCGAGGACCUCACGGAGCUCACCUACCUCUACCUAGAUGGGAACCAGAUCGGCGACCUGGCCAAGGGCAUCUUCUCCCCCAUGAUCAACCUCUUUAUUCUGCAGCUCAACGACAACAAGCUGCGCGAGCUACGGCCGGGGACCUUUACCGGAGCCAAAGACUUGCGCUGGCUGCACAUGAGCGGGAACGAGCUGACCACCCUGCAGCCGGGCUCGCUGGACGAGGUGGAGAACCUCGCCAUACUUCACCUGGACAGGAACAAGAUGUCCACGUACCCCAGUGCGGCAAUGAGCAAACUGCGUGUGGUGGAGGAACUCACGCUGGGGAGGAAUCCCAUGAGGACCAUCCCAGACAACGCCUUCCAGAGCUUUGGGCGCUACAUGGAGAAACUGCACCUGGACAACAUGAGCCUGGAGAAGUUCUCUGACGGUGCGUUCACCGGAAUGACGGCCAUCAAGUCGCUGCACCUGGACAACAACAAACUGAAGUCUCUUCCCAAAAGCCUCGAGUUCAGCACCAUCACCAACCUCACGCUCUCCACGAACCCCUGGAGCUGCACGUGUCAGCUGGCGCCGCUGCGCAGGUGGAUGGACUCGAGCCGCAGUCGUCCAGACGCACUGUGCGCUUCUCCCCCCGCACAGCGAGGCAAGCAGGUCCGAGACAGCGCCGCCUUCAGUGGCUGCCGAGUCAAGGCCAAGAGAGCCAAGAAGGGCACACGUCACUGAACACGCAGCCGUGCAGGAGACGCUGUGAGCAGGAGCCUGUCCAGGUGACCGGCUACAACCAGAGCUACGCUAACUCUACUUCCAGACUGUCCGUCUAUUCAUCUGUCAGAUGCCGUCACUAGUGUAAACACAAACAAACACAUUCAUAGAUACACAUCCGCUCUGUCUGCGUCACACACACACACACACACACACACACACACACACACACACACACAUUAUCAUUUACUUUUCACUGACUUAUAUCAAAGAUGAAAAAUAUAAGUAUGAAGUGGAUAACAUGCAGGUAACCAUCAAAACGAAGGUCAAGAAUAAACAAGAGCCUCAAGGACGUGGUGGGUUCAGGGGCAAACUGAAAACAGAGGUUUAAAGCUGCAUGAACUGAUUGUUUGGCCACUAGGGGGCAAUGUUACAAUCUGUAAAAAAACAUUGGAACAGACUGUGGCUGUGUCUCAAUUCAGGGCUUCUGUCACAUCGACGGCUCUUUUAAAUGUGGCCGACAAACGCCAGCGAUCUGCACCCGCUCAAACUAUCCCAGGAUUCAUUGUGCUUCUGUUUUUCAAAGAGGUAAUGGCGUCAAGUUUUGAGCUUCAACUCAACCCAACAGCUAAAGGUUAUAAGAAAAAACAAGAGGCGUUAAAACUUUCUUGUCCUGUCCCGAGCCUCCUGCAUGACUCCGGGUGGAUGGCGCCCUGAGAAGGAGGCGGACCCCUGCAUUGAGACACGGCUGUCAAGUUAUGUUCAGAGGCCGAACCCCAGUAAAGGUGUCACAGAUGAUUCAACAUUCUCCCGCUUCAUGUUUCCUUCACAACAAAUUGAAAGUCUGAGUUUGUAAAAAAAUGAUUGAUUUGGAAACAGAAUCUCCAAGGUUUGCAAAAGUCUGUCGGCUAAAAUGAAAAGAAAAACGUUUUGAGUGUUUACUUUAUGCAUUUCUUAUGUAUUCUCAUUAUCUUUGCAUUUCCUGGACUUUUGGAAGUGGAAACAAGUUCUCACGUCCAAUAAACCUUUCACAAAACCCA